GUACCCAAACUGCUGCCUCAGGUUGACCUGGUGGACACAAGCAGCAGCUUCUCCAUGACCUAUGCCUUCUGCUCUCAGUUCUCCAAAGGCGUGUAUGCGAUCCUCGGCGUGUACGACCGCCGCACCGUGAACAUGCUGAUGUCGUUCUGUGGCUCUCUCCACGUGUGCUUCGUCACGCCGUCCUUCCCCGUCCAAACCAACAACCAGUUCCUCCUUCAGCUCCGCCCCCCCAUGCAGGAGCCGCUCAUGGCCCUCAUCCAGCACUUCGACUGGAACCGCUUCGUCUACAUGUACAGCCCCGACACUGGUCUGGCUGUCCUUCAGAGGAUCCUGGACACAGCAGCAGAGCUCAGUUGGCAGGUGACGUCGGUGAACUUGGAGACUCUCACAGAAACGGCCUUCAUCAAACUCCUGGCAGAUCUGGAUUUCAAGAAGGAGUUUCAGAUCAUCAUCGACUGCGAGCUUGAGAAGAUGAACUACAUCCUCAACCUGAUAGCUCUGCAGAAGAGGAACCUGAAGAACUACCACUACAUCCUGGCAAAUCAGGGUUUCAUGGACCUAAACAUCACAGAAUUGCAGAAGUUGGCUCCAAAUGUGACGGGAUUCCAACUGGUGAACCACAGUGACCCCAACGUGGAGCGGGUCAACCAGGAAUGGGAAGUGUUUGACUCCAAGGAUGCGAGAGGGAGGAGGGCGAGACUAAAGUACACUGGCGCUCUGACGUACGACGGCGUAAGUAUCAUGGCCGCUGCGUUCCAGUAUCUUCGUAAACAGCGGAUCGACAUCUCUCGCCGGGGCAAUGCUGGGGAGUGCCUCGCCAACCCACCGUCGCCAUGGGGACAGGGCAUCGACAUCCAGAGGGCGCUGCAGCAGGUGCAGAUGGAGGGUCUGUCCGGGCACAUCCAGUUUGACGAACGUGGGCACAGAACCAACUACAGUCUGACCGUGAUGGAACUGAGCCAUGUGGGGCCCAGGAAGAUCGGAUACUGGAACGCUAAAAAGGGAUACGUCAACACGGCCACCUACAGGUCUGUGGUGGAUGACUACUUCUACGGAUUGCCCAACCGCACCUACGUCGUGACCACGAUUCUGGAGGCUCCGUACAUGAUGUUGAAGAAGAACCAUGAGCAGUUUGUUGGGAAUGAACGCUACGAGGGAUACUGUGCUGAGCUGGCAUCGGAAAUCGCCAAACACGUGGGAUUCUCGUACCGCCUGGAGCUGGUGGGAGACGGGAAGUACGGAGCCAGGGAUGCCGAGACCAAAAUGUGGAACGGGAUGGUGGGAGAGCUGGUGUACGGGCAGGCAGACGUGGCUGUGGCUCCUCUCACCAUCACGCUGGUCCGAGAGCAGGUCAUAGACUUCACCAAACCCUUCAUGUCCCUGGGGAUCUCCAUCAUGAUCAAGAAGCCCACCAAGUCCAAGCCCGGCGUGUUCUCCUUCCUCGACCCUCUGGCCUACGAGAUCUGGAUGUGCAUCGUGUUUGCCUACAUCGGAGUCAGCGUUGUGCUCUUUCUGGUGAGCCGCUUCAGUCCGUAUGAGUGGAAGGGGGAGGAGUCUGAGGAUGAAGAGGAGGGGCCAGACUCAGAGAGCCAGAAGGAGGAGCCAGAGUACACCAACGACUUUGGGAUCUUUAACUCUCUGUGGUUUUCUCUGGGAGCGUUUAUGCAACAGGGCUGUGACAUCUCUCCCAGGUCGCUGUCUGGGCGUAUCGUGGGCGGAGUCUGGUGGUUCUUCACGCUCAUCAUCAUCUCCUCGUACACGGCCAACCUGGCGGCCUUCCUCACCGUGGAGCGUAUGGUGUCGCCCAUAGAAAGCGCAGAAGAUCUCGCUAAACAGACUGAGAUUGCCUACGGAACGCUGGAUGGAGGCUCUACCAAAGAGUUCUUCAGGAGGUCAAAGAUUGCAGUCUUUGAGAAGAUGUGGUCGUACAUGCGGAGCGCCGAGCCGUCUGUGUUUGUGAAAAACACGAACGAAGGUGUGAUCCGAGUCCGGAAGUCCAAAGGGAAGUACGCCUACCUCCUGGAGUCUGCUAUGAAUGAGUACAUCGAGCAGAGGAAGCCCUGUGACACUAUGAAAGUGGGUGGGAAUCUGGACUCUAAAGGCUAUGGGGUCGCCACACCCAAGGGCUCCCCCCUCAGAAACCCAGUUAACUUGGCAGUGUUAAAACUGAACGAGCAGGGGCUGUUGGACAAACUUAAAAACAGAUGGUGGUAUGACAAAGGCGAGUGCGGCGUCGGGGGAGGGGACGCCAAGGAUAAGACCAGCGCCCUCAGUCUCAGUAAUGUGGCCGGAGUCUUCUAUAUUCUGAUCGGAGGACUAGGGCUCGCCAUGAUGGUCGCUCUGCUCGAGUUCUGCUACAAGUCCAGGAUCGAGUCUCGACGUAUGAGGGAGCUGAUCGACGCUGCCAUGAUGAGCUCCAGCCUCAGUGGGAUGGCUCCAGGAGGAGGGGGGGUGGUCAUGAGCAGUCUGUCCGCCUCGGGAGCUCCGGGCCUGGGGGAGAACGGCCGAUUGGUCCCCUGCAUGAGCAAAGGGGGUGGGCUCUCCUCCACCGGCAUGUGACCACAGCUGAGCCACCUGAUUGGACGAUAC